GGUAUGAGACUGACAGCGGUCCGGCCCCGCCCCUCUCUGUUUGCUGCAGCGAGGUGGACUUGGAGAACAGAGCAGCUGACGCCACAGCGCCCUCUCCUGGCAGCCUGCAGUAACAGCAGACGUUGUGGAUCCUGAUGAACAGAAUCUGGAAACAUGGAGGAAUUUUCUUCUUCUGCAUCGACUGAAUGAACUCUGGACUUCCUGUUCUGGAAUCUGAAUCCUCUGGUCACCAGGGCAACGUGACAUCAUGGCGUCUGCAGAACCUGUGCCAGAUGUUGUGGAACCAUUGAAGCGCUGCGGCAGCAACGAGCUGCUGCGUCCAGACAUGUCUGAGCAGAAGGAUGAAGACGAAGGUUUAACUAUGGCUGUGAAACGCAAACCUUUAAACCUGGUUCUGUUUGGUCCAAGGGAACCACUGAAGACGGCAGCAGCCAAGGUCAUUCUAGGUCACAAGGAUCUUCCUUCAGAGUGUGUUAGAAAGCAGGGAGAGGUGUUUGGACGUGGGGUUUCUCUGGUGGAGCUGCCUGCGCUGUAUGGAAAAGCUGAGCAGGAAGUGAUGGAGGAAUCCUUCAGGUGUGUCUCCCUCUGUGAUCCUGAGGGUGUCCACGCCUUCAUCCUGGUCCUACCUGUGGGUCCCCUCACUGAUGAAGACAAGGGAGAGUUACACACCAUCCAGGACACAUUCAGCUCUAGAGUCAACGACUUCACCAUCAUCCUCUUCACUACAGAGUUGGAUCCUGAACAUCCAGAUGUUGAUAAGUUUAUAAAGGAGAACAAGAACAUCCAGGAUCUCCUCCAGAUCUGUGGAGGAAGAUAUUUUGUUCUGAACAUCAGAGACAGAUGGCAGAUCAAAGAACUGAUGGAGACGGUUUGUGGUGAAAAGUCCAGUGUUUUCUCAACAGAAAUGUUCACCAAGGUGUUGAUUGAGAGGAUUUUAAAAGUUGAAGCAGAACUACGGGAUGUGAAACAGAAGAGUGAAGAUGAGCAACAGUCAACAAAACAACUCAGGGAAGAGACAGAAGAAGUAAAGAAACAGGAAGAAGAGCUGAAGAAGAAACACAGAGAAGAAACUAAAUCUCUGCAAUCUCAACUUGAGCAGCAAAGAAAACAGCAAAUUCAAAUGCUGAAAGAAAAGGAGGAAAUAAUAGAGAAUGAACGCGAGAAGAGAAAGAAGGAGCGAGAGGAAGAGGACAGAAGAUGGAGAAAACAGGAAGAACUGCAGCGGAAAGAGUGGAAACAAAAACUAGAUGCUUCAGAAAACCGAGUUAAAGUUGAGCGAGAGCAAAGAGAGGCGGCUGAGAGGAGGCUGGACCAGAGCAGACGAGAUCGGACCAGAGACCGGGACGCUUGGGAUAAAGAGAAGGUCGGCAUCCUGGAGCGAAUGCACCAGGACCUGAAACAGAACCUGCAGGAAACCAAGCAGAACCUGGAGGAGGAGCGAGAGCGCAACAGGAAGCUGCAGGAGGAUUUCUACCUGAAGAGGAGGAAGUGGACGUAUCUGGGCUUCGCUUUGCUGCUGUCAGUGACUCUAGUUUUAUUAUAUGUGUAUCAAAGCCAUUAACUGCUGGACCCAAACCGGACCGAACAUCUUGACCCGGCUGGAGUCUGGGUCAUGUUCAUAUAAUAAUGAUAAUAUUGGUGAUGAUUUUAAUGUCAUAUUGACUUCCAGAGUCGUCAGUAGCUCUGAGUUUACAGGUUCUGGUUUUUUAACUCUAAUACAGAAACAAUCAGUGUUUGCAUCAAACUAUAAUUAAAAUGAUUUUCUUUCUGCGCCGUUUAUUGGUGCAGCGAUGAUGCAUAAUGUUAACAUACAUCACAUGUAUCUUAGUGAA